GAAACAUGGCGUGGCAAAGUCACAAAAGCUCUCACGAUCAAAUAAAGUUUACUGUUUAUAUGAAUGAAGGAGAACAGCACCAGAUUGAAGAAUGGGUUAAGAAAUAUGAUGAUAUUGAAACAGGCGGUGAUUUGUUUGGAGCAUGGAUCGAUGAGCACACUGCUGUCGUUCAAUUUGUGUUAGGGCCGGGCGACGGUUGUCGUCGAUCAAGUGUGUCUUUUUAUCAAAACAUAAACUAUUUGAGAGAGGCUGGCGGCUACCUGACACAAAAGCACGGCUUGUGCAAUAUUGGUCAAUGGCAUUCCCACCAUAGACUUGGCCUAACACGACCUAGUGGCGGAGAUGAAAACACAGUGUGGGGAAACAUGCCAAGCCUUGGUUUGAAACGAUAUAUCGUGUUCAUCGCGACGAUAACUGGUGGCAAUAGAUCAUACUACAACUAUAGCACCAGUUCUUACCAUGAUAGGGAAGACCUAAAAGUGAAUAUCAACCCAUAUGUCUUUGAAAUCAAGAAUGGCUACAGAAAUGAUGUGCCACUUGGAACUAUUGAACCUCUUCCUGGGAACUCGCCGUUUCGUUUGGAUGAUAGAAUCCAAAACGCAAUAAAAAUUGGAGCCGAGAGUACAAACGAAGUUAGAAAAUUCCCACAGAAAAGGCAACAUGAUAACAAAAGUGACGACGAACCAAAUAUACCGAAAACGAAAGCGAAGUCACUUCAAAGCCCUGUUGAUAAACCAUUUACUGUGUACAUGAAUGAAGGAGAACGGCACCAGAUUGAAAAGUGGGUUAAGAAACAUCAAAAUAUCGAAACAGGUGGUGAUUUGUUUGGAGCCUGGAUCAAUGAGCAUACUGCUGUCGUUCAAUUUGUGUUAGGGCCGGGCGUUGGUUGUCAUCGAACAAGCGUAUCUUUUUAUCAAGACACAGACUAUUUAAGAAAAGCUGGUGUUUACCUGACCAGAGAUCAUGGCUUGUGUAAUAUCGGUGAAUGGCAUUCCCACCACACACUUAACCUGACACGACCAAGUGGCGGAGAUAAAAACACAGUGUGGGGAAACAUGCCAAGCCUUGGUUUGAAUCGAUAUAUCAUGUUCAUUGCAACGAUAACUAAAGGUUCUAGAUCAUACAAUUACAGCACCGGUACUUGCGAUGAUGUGGAAGACUUGAAAGUGGAUAUCAACCCAUAUCUCUUCGAAAUCAAGAACGGCAAGAGAAAUGAUGUGCUAUCUGGAACCAUUGAAGCUCUACCUGGGGGUUCGCCGUUUCGUUUGGAUGGUAGAAUCCAAGACGCGGUAAAAAUUGGAGCCGAGAGCAUAAACGAAGAUAACAUCUUUCAAUGGCAUGGAAUUGAAAAUGUAAACGAUGAAGCACAAAAUGAAGACUGUAGUCACGAUGACAAUCCUAUUGCUGGCAUCCAGCUCGAUACUCAGCAAGAACAACACGAUGGAGACUCGAAUGAAACAUACAUGCUGUCCACUAAUGAAGAGAAGUGCAAGAAAGAAAAAAACAAAAGAAUAGAUGAAGAAACAACAGAGCCAAACGACAAUUCACAACAACACAUGGAAGAACAUUUCUUUAACAAUGAUAAUACAGGACAUGAAGAUAAAACGGGUGAAGAUGCUAUGGUUGUUGAUGCUCGUGAAGAAGACAAAAACAAACUGCAAAAUUAUCAAAAAGAUGGUGCAAAGAAAGAGUGCGUAGCUACGAAAGAUCCGUAUGAAGAUGGAUGUCAGACUCCAACAAUACCUCGUGCUGAGAAGGAAAAGCAAGGAGAUGGGAAUGAAACAAACAUUGUGUCCACUAAUGAAGAGGAGUACAAGAAAGAACAAACCGAAAGAAUAGAUAAAGAAACAACAGAGCUAAACGACAAUUCCCAACAACACCUGGAAGAAGAAAAUGCUUUUAACAAUGAUAAUACAGGGCAUGAAGAUGAAACGCGUGAAUAUGCUAUGCUUGUUGAUGUUCGUGAAGAAGACAAACACGAACUGCAAAAUUAUCAAAAAGAUGAUGCAAAGAAAGAGUGCGUAGCUACGAAAGAUUUGAAUGAAGAUGGAUGUCAGACUCCAACAAUACCUCGUUCUGAGGAAGAAAAGCAAGGAGACUGGAAUGAAACAAACAUUGUGUCCACUAAUGAAGAGGAGUACAAGAAAGAACAAACCGAAAUAGAUAAAGAAACAACAGAGCCAAACGACAAUUCCCAACAACACCUGGAAGAAGAAAAUGCUUUUAACAAUGAUAAUACAGGGCAUGAAGAUGAAACGCGUGAAUAUGCUAUGCUUGUUGAUGUUCGUGAAGAAGACAAACACGAACUGCAAAAUUAUCAAAAAGAUGAUGCAAAGAAAGAGUGCGUAGCUACGAAAGAUUUGAAUGAAGAUGGAUGUCAGACUCCAACAAUACCUCGUUCUGAGGAAGAAAAGCAAGGAGACUGGAAUGAAACAAACAUUGUGUCCACUAAUGAAGAGGAGUACAAGAAAGAACAAACCGAAAUAGAUAAAGAAACAACAGAGCCAAACGACAAUUCCCAACAACACCUGGAAGAAGAAAAUGCUUUUAACAAUGAUAAUACAGGGCAUGAAGAUGAAACGCGUGAAUAUGCUAUGCUUGUUGAUGUUCGUGAAGAAGACAAACACGAACUGCAAAAUUAUCAAAAAGAUGAUGCAAAGAAAGAGUGCGUAGCUAUGAAAGAUUUGAAUGAAUAUGGAUGUCAGACUCCAACAAUACCUCGUGCUGAGGGGGAAAAGCAAGGAGACUGGAAUGAAACAAACAUUCUGUCCGCUAUUGAAGAAGAGUACAAGAAAGAAAAAAGCGAAAGAAUAGAUAAAGAAACACAAGAGCUAAACGACAAUUCCCAACAACACCUGGAAGAAGAAAAUGCUUUUAACAAUGAUAAUACAGGACAUGAAGAUAAAACGCGUGAAGAUGCUAUGCUUGUUGAUGUUCGUGAAGAAGACAAACACGAACUGCAAAAUUAUCAAAAAGAUGAUGCAAAAAAAGAGUGCGUAGCUACGAAAGAUUUGAAUGAAGAUGGAUGUCAGACUCCAACAAUACCUCGUGCUGAGGAAGAAAAGCAAGGAGACUGGAAUGAAACAAACAUUGUGUCCACUAAUGAAGAGUACAAGAAAGAACAAACCGAAAGAAUAGAUAAAGAAACAACAGAGCCAAACGACAAUUCCCAACAACACCUGGAAGAAGAAAAUGCUUUUAACAACGAUAAUACAGGGCAUGAAGAUGAAACGCGUGAAGAUGCUAUGCUUGUUGAUGUUCGUGAAGAAGACAAACACGAACUGCAAAAUUAUCAAAAAGAUGAUGCAAAGAAAGAGUGCGUAGCUAUGAAAGAUUUGAAUGAAUAUGGAUGUCAGACUCCAACAAUACCUCGUGCUGAGGGGGAAAAGCAAGGAGACUGGAAUGAAACAAACAUUCUGUCCGCUAUUGAAGAAGAGUACAAGAAAGAAAAAAGCGAAAGAAUAGAUAAAGAAACACAAGAGCUAAACGACAAUUCCCAACAACACCUGGAAGAAAAAAAUGCUUUUAACAAUGAUAAUACAGGAAAUGAAGAUGAAACGCAUGAAGAUGCUAUGCUUGUUGAUGUUCGUGAAGCAGAUAAAAACGAACUGCAAAAUUAUCAAAAAGAUGAUGCAAAGAAAGAGUGCGUAGCUACGAAAGAUUUGAAUGAAGAUGGAUGUCAGACUCCAACAAUACCUCGUUCUGAGGAAGAAAAGCAAGGAGACUGGAAUGAAACAAACAUUGUGUCCACUAAUGAAGAAGAGUACAAGAAAGAACAAACCGAAAGAAUAGAUGAAGAAACAACAGAGCUAAACGACAAUUCCCAACAACACCUGGAAGAAGAAAAUGCUUUUAACAAUGAUAAUACAGGGCAUAAAGAUGAAACGCGUGAAGAUGCUAUGCUUGUUGAUGUUCAUGAAGAAGACAAACACGAACUGCAAAAUUAUCAAAAAGACGAUGCAAAGAAAGAGUGCGUAGCUACGAAAGAUUUGAAUGAAGAUGGAUGUCAGACUCCAACAAUACCUCGUGCUGAGGAAGAAAAGCAAGGAGACUGGAAUGAAACAAACAUUGUGUCCACUAAUGAAGAGGAGUACAAGAAAGAACAAACCGAAAGAAUAGAUAAAGAAACACAAGAGCUAAACGACAAUUCCCAACAACACCUGGAAGAAGAAAAUGCUUUUAACAAUGAUAAUACAGGACAUGAAGAUGAAACGCGUGAAGAUGCUAUGCUUGUUGAUGUUUGUGAAGAAGACAAAAGCGAACUGCAAAAUUUUCAAAAAGGAGAUGGCGGAAAGAAAGAGUGCGUAGCUACGAAAGAUUCGAAUGAAGAUGGAUGUCAGACUCCAACAAUACCUCGUGCUAAGGAAGAAAAGCAAGGAGACUGGAAUGAAACAAAUAUUCUGUCCACUAAUGAAGAGGAGUACAAGAAAGAACAAACGGAAAGAAUAGAUGAAGAAACAACAGAGCAACAACAACACCUGGAAGGAGAAAAUAUCUUUAACAAUGAUAAUACAGGAAAUGAAGAUAAAACGCGUGAUGAUGUUACGGUUGUUGAUGUUCAUAGAAAAGGCAAAAGCGAACUGCAAAAUUAUCAAAAAGAUGGUGCAAAGAAAGAUCCGAAUGAAAAGGGAUGUCAGGCCUCAACAAAACCUUGUGCUGAGGAGGUAAAGCAAGCCACAGACAAGACACGAUUGUUAACAAUGGAUGACAGUACCGAGAACGACCAACAGCCCAACAUAAUACGAAUUGAUCGUAUGGCCGACGGAACUCGCUUUAAAUGCAAUAAAACUCUGACUAGUCAAAACACAAAGGCAAAUAAUGAUAAAGCGGAACUUGAGGGAGAAAAAGAAAGGAUCGAAGACGCGAUUGCAUUCAACUCAGAUCCAAAAACGGACGAAAAAAGAGCGGCAGAAGAGAGCGACUCUGCUGUGCGAGAAUUUCUAGAUGGCUGUGAGGACGAAAAAAAUUCUACGAACGGACAAGCAGACUCCGUAUUGAAUAAAAACAUCCGAAAUACAACGCUUGGGGAGGCUUCAGAUCAUUCACCAGAUACAAAGCAUAAAAUAGAAGAGCCAAAACCGGAAUCGAGAAGAGAUUUACAAGCUCGAUGUGAUGAUAAAAACGAACAUAUGGCAACGGUAAAUGAUGACUCAGAAACCUCCAGUAUCGAAACCAAAUCUAACAUGCCAUCAUCAAUAUGCCAAGUUAACGAGUCACUCGAAACGACUGCUAAUGAAAACGCCAACAAAUAUACCAAACCUUCAACAGGUUAUCCCCAAAUUGCCAUUAAAGACUCUCUAAAACACGGAAAGCAUUUGAAUGAGAGCAAUAACAGAAUUCGUACAAUUUUUGACCAAAUAGAGCACAAAGAACAAAAUGAGAAUGGAAAUAAUGCACCAGAUACAAUAACAAAAAAAGUAGACCCAAUACAUUCAGCAAAAACCAAGAUUGAAAGAAUAGAUCUAAAAAGUGAGGGAACAAACAAACCUAAUGAGACGGCCAAGACAGAGGUAGAAUCAACAUCGAAAGAACUUAAUGCACAAACAGAGAAUCCAGCAAGAGAAACACAAAAUCCUAUCGAAGUGUCUCGCCUUGAAGAGCCAACAUUUGAAAGAAGUGAUCCAGAAAAAGAUGUGGAAGUCAUCAGCGAAAAUCAAAAUAAUGACUUCAGUGCUUCUGCGCAAACACCAAGUGAAUUACAAAAUGCGAGGAAAAAGAAAAAAUCAAUCUCUGAAAGAAUCAGAGAAUCGUUGAGGCGAAAGUUUAAACGCACAGACAAAGAAACCAAGAUGGGUAACAAGAAAAAAAGAAAGGAUUCGAAGUUUGAUGAAACGAAUAAGCGAUUUAAUGAAGAGACCAACAUUGAAGUAGCAUCAACAUUUGAAAGAAGUGAUCCAGAAGAGAAGGAAAGGGCCUUUAACAGAGAUCAAAAUGACCAAGGUAUAGAAAACAUAAGUCAAAAUGACCAAGAUGUCAAUGCAUCUGAACAGUCAGCGAGUGAAUCGCAAAAUCCCCAAAACCCGCCGUUUGGUCGAAAGUCGAAAGACAAAAAAAAGAAGAAGGCCGGCUGCUUUCCUUUUAAAGGAAAGAAAAGGAAAUUAAGUUUAUAA